UUCCAUAUUGGCACGUAGACGUUCUCGCACAAGUAGAGAGAGAGAGAGAGAGAGAGAGAGAGACUAGGGAUCGGCCUUCGACAACCGUCGCACGAUCUUUUUCUCGAUCUCAUCGAUCGUCUUCUCCAUCGCCUCGACCACACGCCGAAUCUCUUCGACGACGACGCCGGAUCGAUGUUGUCUACCUAUCACUGACCUCGUCUCGGGUGACGGAGUAAUUGCUCGUGUGCAAGUAUGAAUCCUUAUCUUGUUGCCAUUGUUGUUCCUAUUAUUGCUUCGGUGUUAUUACGGAGAUCAAAGAAGGCAAAAACACGGGGUUUGCCGGUUGAUGUUGGGGGAGAACCUGGUGUUGCAAUUCGCAACUACCGUUUCCCUUCUCCAUUGCAAUCACUGUGGGAAGGAGUCUCGACUCUGGCUGAGCUGUUUGAGCAUUCUAGCAAACGCUUCCAGCACAAGCCUCUUCUUGGAUCUCGGAGACUUUUGGCAAGGGAAACAGAAGUAAGUCCGGAUGGGAGGUCUUUUGAGAAGUUCCACCUGGGAAACUAUGAAUGGAUCAGUUAUGGUGAUGCUUUUAAAGCUGCCUGCAGUUUCGCAUCUGGUCUUGUGCAACUUGGCCACAAAAGGGAUGAGCCCAUUGCAAUAUUUUCAGAUACACGAGCAGAGUGGUUUAUUGCUUUGCAGGGGUGCUUCAGGCAAAAUAUCACAGUUGUUACAAUAUAUGCUUCGCUAGGGGAGGAGGCUCUUUGUCACUCUUUAAAUGAGACAGAGGUAUCGACUGUAAUUUGUGGACCGAAGGAACUGAAAAAAGUGAUCGACAUAAAAGCACAGCUUAAUACUGUAAAACGUGUUGUUUAUAUUGAUGAAGACGGUGUUUCAAAUGAGAUUUCAUUGGACAAGAACACUACCUGGGUGGUUGCAUCAUUUGUUGAAGUAGAGAGAAUGGGCAGGGAAAAGCCUGUGGUUCCGUAUCUGCCUAAAUCAGCAGAUAUUGCUGUGAUAAUGUACACAAGUGGUAGCACUGGUCUGCCAAAGGGGGUAAUGAUGACACACGGCAAUGUUCUAGCUACAGUUUCAGCUGUUAUGACUGUUGUCCCUUCCCUUGGUACUAAAGAUAUAUACAUGGCAUACCUACCUCUAGCUCAUAUUCUUGAGUUGGCUGCAGAGCAUGUAAUGGUUGCUGCAGGAACUGCUUUAGGAUAUGGGUCACCUUUAACUCUCAUUGACACAUCGAAUAAGAUAAAGAAAGGAACAAAAGGUGAUACUUCAGUCCUGAAACCUACCUUGAUGCCUGCUGUACCUGCUAUCCUUGAUCGUGUUUGUGAUGGUGUGCGAAAAAAGGUAGAUGCUAAGGGUGGGUUAUCAAAGAAACUAUUUGAUAUUUCAUAUGGUCGUAGAUUGGCUGCGAACAACGGGAGUUGGUUUGGAGAAACUAGUUUUGAGAAGUUCUUUUGGAAUUUUCUUGUCUUUAGAAAGAUUCAGGCUGUUUUAGGAGGUCGUGUACGAUAUCUACUCUCUGGUGGAGCACCUCUUUCUUGCGAUACUCAAAGAUUUAUUAACAUUUGUUUUGGGGCUACAGUAGCACAAGCAUAUGGUCUGACAGAAACUUGUGCUGGCGGAACGUUUCAAGAAGCUGAUGAAAUAUCUCUUGGUGCUGUUGGUGCUCCACUUCCGUGUUCAUAUGUCAAGUUGAUAGAUUGGUCCGAAGGUGGGUAUUUAGUUACAGAUAAACCAAUGCCAAGAGGGGAGGUAGUUAUUGGAGGUCCAAAUGUUACUGCAGGGUACUUCAAAAAUGAAGAAAAGACUAAGGAAGUUUACAAGGUUGACGAGAGAGGAAUGCGUUGGUUUUAUACUGGUGAUAUAGGAAGGAUUCACCCUGGUGGCCUCCUGGAAAUCAUUGAUCGCAAAAAGGAUAUAGUAAAACUCCAACAUGGUGAAUAUGUCUCCCUAGGAAAGGUGGAGUCUGCUUUAAUUGUGAGUUCCUAUGUGGAGAACAUCAUGUUGCAUGCCGAUCCUUUUCACAAUUUCUGUGUUGCACUCAUUGUUGCUGCACACAAUACUUUAGAAGAUUGGGCUUCCAAGCAAGGAAUCAAUUGUACCGAUUUUUCAGAUUUAUGCCAAAAAGAGGAAACUGUGAAAGAAGUCCAUGGUUCACUGCUCAAGGCGGCGAAACAGUCUCGACUGGAUAAGUUUGAGAUCCCAGCUAAGAUCAAGUUGAUUCCUGAACCAUGGACCCCCGAAUCUGGUCUGGUCACUGCUGCACUCAAACUCAAGAGAGAAGCCGUCAGAAAGGCAUAUGCUGAUGACCUUCAAAAGUUAUACGCGUGAAUUUUUUUCUUUUGCCGCUACAGCAUUCUACAUUUUGGUGACAAUUUUUUUUCCCUCUCUCAGCAACUAAUGAAAGUUUAUUAGUUUUGUUUUUAGCUUGUUUUCUCUUGAGGAAAAAUACCUUCGAAGUUUUUUUUUAAUAAUAGUGCUCCCAAUCUUGGAGAGCAUUUUUGGGCAUGGGAAUUUGUUGAAGUGUAUUUGUGGUUGUAUCCUCAUUAUCGGAGAACUUUUCUUUUUCUCAAGAUUUUUAGGGUGAUU